AUGAGACCAGUGAGGAAAAACAACAACAGCAGCCUCCCGGAUCCUCAAAGCAGAAGGAUCCCCAACAGCAGGGGAAUGGCCAACCAGCCUCACAGGGACCUCAGAGACAAAGUGGACCUCAGCCACAGGGUACAGGAAGGGGGGGCCAAGGAGUUGGACGGGGUGGCUCUCAACCACAAGGAGUUGGACGGGGUGGAUCUCAAACACAGGGAGUUGGACAGGGUGGAUCCCAGCCACAAGGAGCUGGACGGGGUGGAUCCCUACCACAAGGAGCUGAACAGGGUGGAUCCCAACCACAAGGAGCUGGACGGGGUGGACCCCAACCACAAGGAGCUGGACGGGGUGGCUCUCCUGUACUGCAAGGGGCUGGUAGAGGAGAUCUUUCCCAAAAGGGAGUGGGUAGAGGUGGAUUGCAACAAGGAACAGGUGGGGGUGGGUCUCCUAAGCAGGGUGUUGGGAGGGGUGGACCUCAACCACAGGGAGUUGGACAGGGUGGAUCCCAACUACAAGGAGCUGGACGGGGUGGACCCCAACCACAAAGAGCUGGACGGGGUGGCUCUCCUGUACUGCAAGGGGCUGGUAGAGGAGAUAUUUCUCAGCAGGGAGCGGGUAGGGGUGGAUUGCAACAGGGAACAGGUGGGGGUGGAUCUCCUAAGCAAGGUGUUGGGAGGGGUGGACCUCAACAACAAGGACCAAGAGGACCUGGGUCAAGGCCUCCUUCAACAGAGCCUCAGGAGAAAAGUGGACCUGGAGCUGGGGUUAAAACCCUCUGUCCAGUCUGCUAAGGAGUGGCUUUGCCUGAACUGCCAGAUGCAGAGAGCUCUGGGAGGGGCAGAGAGCAGUGGACCUCCUACACUAAAAGCCCAGUCACAGCCCAAGGACAUUGUACCAUCACAGAACCUUGCAAAGAAAGACACACCUCACAGUAAGCAGAUGCCUCCAUCUGCCAGUCCGCCAACAAAACCAACACAAGGUCAGAAACAAUCAAGCCAGUCCAGCACAAGUGCAGCUCACACAUCGCAGCAAACAACACAACAAAAACCUCCUACACAGCAAACAACAAAAGGUGCUCCUCCUGCCAAAAGUGAGCCACCAUCAAAGACUGAGCCUCCUAAAAAAGAAGAAGAGUCCAGUUUCUUUGGCUUUGGUUUUGGUGGUGCUCGAUCCCGCUCUCCUUCUCCACAGCCUGGUGCCUCUUCUGUUUCUGGGAAGGUUUUAGGAUUUGGUUCUUCAUUCCUUAGCUCUGCAUCCAACCUGAUUUCAGCUGUCCAAGAUGAAAACUCGACCACACCCCCGACCUCCCGAAAAGGUUCCACCAUUUCCCAGACCUCUGCCAAGAUCACCACACCCCCUUCAUCAAGAAAAGGCUCAGAGGCCUCUAAGGGAUCCCCCGAUCUUUCCAAGUCACAGAUGCAAGUGGGAAAAACACAACAGCAACAAAUUAAACCUCAAGACACACAAAAAUCAACAACAAUUAAGGAAUCCUCAUCUGCUCAGGCUACUAAAGUGGAUCAAAGCCCGAAACCUCCUCCCAAAUCCUGUCCACUUUGCAAGGCAAUGCUGAGAAAAGAUCCUCUAAACUAUAGUACCUGCACUGAAUGCAAGAACAUUGUGUGUAAUCAGUGUGGAUUUAAUCCUGUGCCUCAUCAGACAGAGGCAAAGGAAUGGCUUUGCUUAAACUGCCAGACACAGAGAGCACUGAAAGGAAUAGAGCCUCCAGGACAACCCACUAUAAAAUCCCAAACACAGCCCAGCAAAUCUAAUAAGAUGGAUUCUACACUUGGUCCUUUAGAGAAACAGCCCUCGACUCUGCCAACAAUGGCUAGUCCUGCCAACCAACCUGCUGCUCAAAAAAAGGAGAUGCAUGAACAACAGACUAGUGCAGUUGGAGCAAAGCAAGCUCCUGCAACUAAGCCUGUACAACAGCAAGCAGUAAAAAAUGCCUCCUCCCCUUCUGUCUCUAAAGCAGCACCAAAGGCUGAAGCUGAACAAGAACAGUCAGGAUUUUUUGGCUUAGGCUUUGGUGGAGCACGGUCACGGUCACCAUCCCCUCAGCCUGCUGUUUCUGCCAUGUCUGGUAAGGUCUUAGGAUUUGGUUCCUCCUUUCUGAGCUCAGCAUCUAAUCUCAUUUCAUCAGCAGUUCAAGAUGAAACUUCUACAACUAAUUCCCAAGCUUCUUCGGUAUCUCAAACUUCCCUCAAAACCAGCACUCCACCAACGCCCCGGAAAGGGUCUACAACAUCACAUGAAAGUCAAUCAGUUGGUAAGAAAGAAGAUAAAAAGAUAGAGUUAACUGCUGACCAAAAUAAUAAAGCACCAAUAUCUCAACCUAAAAAAGGUGAACCUUCUUUAUUGAUGCCAAAAGCAGACAAAUACCCACAACCCUUGCCCAAAUCCUGUCCACUUUGCAAGGUAGAAAUCCAAAAGGACCUUGCCAACUACCAGAUCUGUACUGAAUGCAAAACUACAGUGUGUAAUCUUUGUGGAUUCAACCCAACACCCCAUCAAACAGAGUUGAAAGAGUGGCUUUGUCUAAACUGUCAGACUCAAAGAGCUCUCAAAGGAAUGGAACCACCAGGACCUCCAAAAUUGAAGUCUGCAGCACAGCCUAAAAAACAGCCUGCCAGUAAACCACUAGCUUCAGCCUCAAUUCAAAAUGAAGGUGCAUCUGAAUUGGACAAGUUAGGCAAGAAAAUUGGCCCUCCUCAGAAAUUACAAGACCAACAAUCCAAGGCUCCAAAUGGUGCUCUGCCAAUCCAAAAGGCCCAACAACAAGAACAUGAAGCCAAAUCUGAAGUCUCUGCCAAGUCUGCCAAGGAAGAAUCUGGAUUUUUUGGUUUUGGUGGUGCAAGGUCAAGAUCUCCAUCUCCUCAACCUGCUGUGUCUGCUGUUUCUGGGAAGGUUCUUGGUUUUGGCUCAUCCUUUUUAAGCUCAGCAUCCAAUUUAAUAUCUUCAGCUGUGCUAGAUGAGACAUCUACAACACCACCAACCUCCCGUAAAGCUUCAACAGUUUCCCAGGGCUCAACACCAACCACUUCUCAGAAGAGUUCUGCUGUUCCACAGAUGUCAAACACCGGAGACGCAACAACUGCAGAAAAACAAGAGACACGUCAACUACCCAGCACAUCUUCUAUAAACAAAACAGCUGAUAAAUCAUUGACUACAAAAGCGGACAAAACAUACCUGCCCCUCCCCAAGAGCUGUCCACUUUGCAAGGCAGAUAUUACUCAUGUUCCUCCUAACUUCAGCACCUGCACUGAUUGCAAAAACAUUGUCUGUAACCGUUGUGGAUUUAACCCUAUGCCUCAUGAAAAAGAGGUAAAGGAAUGGCUUUGUUUGAGUUGCCAGAUAAAGAGAGCACCUGAACCUUCAAGUCUAGGUCCCCAGUUGCAGUCUAAACUUGGCUCACAACAAGAUAAAAGAGUUCAACAUCAGCCUUCUCCAUUAGCCAGCACAACUGAGGACCAGUCAAAAACAGUGCAAAAUGUUCUAAAUGAAAAAUCCCCUGUACAGAAAGGAAGCAUAAAACCCCAACAGCCAAAAGAUGGCAUUGUUUCAGCUAAAUCUGAAACCACAACACAGUCAGAUUCCUCUAAAAAAGAUACUGGAUUUUUGGGUUUUGGUUUUGGUGGUGUUCGAUCUAGAUCACCUUCUCCUCAACCUGUUGUGUCAGAGAAGGUUCUGGGCUUUGGUUCCUCGUUUCUCAGCUCAGCAUCUAAUCUCAUAUCUUCAGUAGUUCAGGAUGAAUCCUCCAUAACACCACCAACACCUCGUAAAGGUUCAACAGUUUCCCAGAGCUCUGUGAAGUCUACAACACCACCCACCUCUCGUAAAGAUUCAUUAACAGUAGCAGCUACAUCCCGCAAGGGAUCUACAGCAUCCCAGGACUCCAUAAAAACACAGACUGGGGAAACUAAAAAUCUUUCUCAAAAGCAAACGGAAGACAAAAAGUCCUUGCAAGAUCAACUUUUAAAAGCACCAUCUACACCUCCAUCAAAACCUCAAUCAGCUGUUAAGUCCUCUCAGCUUCUCAUUAAAAAUUGCCCACUUUGCAAAGUGGAGCUCAAGAAAGAUCCUCCCAACUUCAACACAUGCACUGAAUGCAAGAACAUUGUAUGUAACCUCUGUGGGUUUAAUCCCAUGCCCCACCAAACUGAGGCAAAUGAGUGGCUUUGCUUGACCUGUCAGGUACAGCGAGCAUCAGUGCCUCAAGAUCAAGCUAAGAUAACAACUCCAGUGCCAAAGAAAGAGAAAGAUGUUCCAGAAUCUGUGCAGAAAAAACAACACACAAAGGAAGCCACAAAUACUGGUCACAAAUCACCAGUAGCAGGGGGUAAGGAGCUCACUACUGACUUACCACAACAGCUCAGACAACCUAAGACCCAACAGCAUAUGAAAUCGGACAAGCCUCUAGAAAAUCAAUCUGAACUACCACCAAAGACUGAACCUCAUCAAGAGGGUUCUGGAUUUUUUGGUUUUGGCUUUGGUGGGGCUCGCUCCAGGUCUCCUUCACCUCAGCCUGCUGUUUCUGCUGUGUCUGGGAAAGGUUUAGGCUUUGGUUCUUCCUUUCUUAGCACAGCCUCUAAUCUGAUAUCAUCAGCUGUUCAGGAUGAGCCUUCUACAACACUACCAACUUCCCGCAAAAGUUCAUCAGUUUCAGAAACCACACCAUUUCCUGGUUCCAGCAAGGGCUCUUCAGUGGCCAUGCAAGAGUCCCAGAAAACUCAACCAAGUAAAGACACUAAACCAUCAAUUGAGCUGAAGCAAGAGGAGAAAAGACAAUUGCUUCAGCAGGCUAAUGUUUCAUCAAGAGAAUUGAAAGAGGAUAAUUCAAAGAUGACAAAGGAUUCGCCCAAGCCUCUACCCAAGGUCUGUCCACUCUGCAAGAUGGAUCUCAAGAAAGAUCAAUACAACAGUUGCACUGAAUGCAAAAAUAUUGUGUGCAACCUAUGUGGGUUCAACCCAAUGCCCCAUCAAAAUGAGGUGAUGUGGCUUUGCUUGGCAUGCCAGAUGCAGAAAGCACCAGAACCUUCCCCUGUGCAACUGCAGUCACAUGCCAAGGAAGCAGCAACUGUACAACCUGCCCAGAAAGAAACACAACAGCAGCAUAUUACAGAUGUUUUAAAGUCAGAAUCACAAAAAACUGAUCCACAGCAAGACAAAGUUGGAUUCUUUGGGUUUGGUUUUGGAGGAGCUAGAUCACGAUCGCCUUCUCCCCAGCCUGCUGUCUCAGAGAGGGUUCUAGGAUUUGGUUCAUCUUUCUUAAGCUCAGCAUCUAAUCUAAUCUCAACAACUGUUCAAGAUGAGUCCUCCACAACACCGUCUAGUUCUCGCAAAGCUUCAACAGCCUCUCAAAUGUCUGAUAAAACACCACCAACCUCUCGAAAAGGUUCUGCUGUAUCACAAAUCUCAAGUAAGGUUAAUACCACUCCACCUUCUUAUCGCAAGGGUUCACAGACAUCUGUUAAAACAACUCCUCCAACCUCACAAAAGGGGGCUGAAGCUGAUGUAAACUUUAAAAACAUUAAUAAUACAGAUGGGGCAAAAACUGAAGUUGAAGAAAAGGGAGAGAAAACAAUUAAUUUGGUUACCCCACAGCAACAAGAACAAGGAAAAACUCAAGAUGGGGCUCCUGUGUCAUCUGAACUCCAUGAAGAUCCUAGAAGUAGAUCUCAGUCUCCUUUACCUCCACAUGCAGCAUCUGCUGUCUCUGGAAAGGUUCUAGGAUUUGGUUCUUCCUUGUUUAGCUCAGCAAGUAAUCUGAUCUCAUCAGCUUUAGAAGAACCUUCAACAACACCUCCUGCUUCCCGAAAGGGUUCAACAGCUUCUCAACUCUCCACUAAGACUACAACUCCUCCACCUUCUCGUAAAGGCUCAUCAUUUUCCCAUACUUCAGACAAGAUUGCCACUCCACCUUCCUCACGAAAGGGCUCUGGGGUUUCUUUGACAUCGGCUCCUGAACCUCCACAGAAGAAAACGCUUGAUCCAGAUACCACUGAAAAAGAAAAGACUGCACUACUUACUGGUACUCCAGAGUCAAUACAAAAAAAGGCAAAAGUAGACGAGAAACCUAUGGUCAGUCAGGCACAGCCAACAACUACCAAAGAUGCAGCUCCUCCAGAAACAAAGACAAAGUCAACUAUAUCACUUCCCAAAGCCUGUCCUCUCUGUAAGGUUGAUUUGCAGAAGGAGCCUCCCAAUUUUGAUACCUGCACAGAGUGCAAAAACACAGUGUGCAAUCGUUGUGGCUUUAACCCCAUGCCUCAUGAGACAGAGAAAAAGGAGUGGCUUUGUCUAAACUGUCAGAUGCAAAGAGCUCAAGCCGAGGCUAACAAAGUAGCUCCUUUGGUAUCACCACUAAAGAAAACGACACCAGCUCCUGUUCCUCUCAGUGAGAAAGAAAACACUGCAGUAUCUUCAGGUACUCCAGAGUCUAAAAAGGAAAAUACAAUUACUCCAAAACAGAAGCCACAACAGCAGGAGGACAUCAAAAAACUAGUACAGCCAUCACUAAAGCAACAAUCUACUGCUCCACCAAAAACUGCACCCACUAAAGAAGAGAGUGGCUUUUUUGGCUUUGGACGCUCUAGAUCGCCAUCUCCCCAACCUGCUGCUUCCAGUGUUUCUGGUAAGGUAUUUGGAUUUGGUUCUUCCCUGCUGAGUUCAGCUUCUAAUCUUAUGUCCACUGCUGUACAAGAUGAAUCCUCCACAACACCCCUUGCAACUCAAGAGGAUUCAGCCUCUGCGAAAACUCCAGUGAAGACUACAUUAACACAAGCUACACCUCAGAGAGGAUCAGCUGAUUUGUCACCUAAGCAGGGAGCUAAAUCUGUUCAAGAGAAGCUGAAAGACAAGGAACAAGAAGGGAAGAUGAAAGAAGUUCAGGGAAAAGCUGUGAAGGAAUGGCUGUGUUUGAACUGCCAGAUCCAGAGAGCUCCCAUACCUCCAGCUGGACAACCUGGUCCACAGACUACCAAGUUACCUCCACCUUCUUCACCACAAAAACAACACACUCCUGGUGUUGUAGCAGAUUUCAAAUCAUCUAUAUCAGAAACCCAAAAGCAGAAAAGUGAAGUCCUACCUGCCAAGUCUGAACAACCACAUAAAUCCGAACCUUCUAAACAAGAAUCAGAUUUAUUCAGCUUUGGGUUUGGUGGCUCUCAGUCAAGAUCACAAUCUCCUCAGCCCACUGUGUCUACUGUCUCUGAUAAAGUUUUUGGCUUUGGCUCCUCCUUCCUAAACUCAGCAUCAAAUUUAAUCUCGUCUGCUGUCCAGGAUGAACCAUCUAAAACACCGCCAACAUCUCGAAAAGGUUCUGGAAUUUCUCAGACUUCAGUUAAGACCACACCAACACCUCCCACUUCUCGAAAAGGAUCAGUAGCUCCACCAGAGUCAAAACUAAAUCCACCUCUAGUGCAGUCCAAGUCAACCUCCACACCAACGCAAGAACAGAAAGGGCGACCAGAUGUUCAACCAUCCAAACCUUCAGAAGCUCAGCUGAAUGAAGAGCCACCAAAAAGCUGCCCGUUAUGUAAAGAGACCCUCAAGAAAACCCCACAAAACUACAGCUCUUGCACUUCUUGCAAGAGCAUUGUUUGUAAUCUAUGUGGAUUCAAUCCCAAUCCUCAUCAAACUGAUGUGAAGGAGUGGCUGUGUUUGACUUGUCAGAUGCAUAAAACUUCAGGACCCCCCCUUCCUCAACCAGAGCCACAAUCUAAUAUAGCACUUCCACCAGCAUCUCCACAGAAGCAAAAGACUCAAGUUUCACCAUCUCCUGAGAAAAAGCCAAGCAUUACAGCUGAGCAGGACAAGAAGCCUCUCACAGAGACUAAAGAACUAAAAACACCAAAUACUCAAAAAUCUAAAAGUGAUGUUUCUUCUUCCAAGCCUCUUCCACCACCUAAAGGUGAACAGGUUAAAGAAGAAACAAGUUUCUUUGGCUUUGGUUUUGGCAGUGCUCGAUCUCGAUCUCCCUCUCCUCAAGCUGCAGUCUCUGAUAAAGUUUUUGGUUUUGGAUCCUCCUUCCUCAGCUCAGCAUCAAAUCUAAUCUCUUCGGCUGUUCAGGAUGAGCCCUCCAACAAAACUCCACCAACAUCACGCAAGGGAUCUACAGUUUCUCAAGCUUCAAAUAAAACCACACCAACACCACCCACUUCUAGAAAAGGAUCUGUAAUUUCUCAGGAUGCUAAACAAAAACCACCUCAAGGAGAAUCAAAGCCAGCUGUUUCAUCAAGACAAGAACAAAAACCAGUAUCAAAAACCCAAGAUCCUCAGCUGGUCAAACCUCCACAUACUUCAGAGGAGAUUUCAAAAGCCUGUCCACUUUGCAAUGAAACGCUCAAAAAAGAUCCACAGAACUACAGCAUGUGUAGUUCAUGCCAGAAAACUGUUUGUAAUCUCUGUGGAUUUAAUCUAAAUCCACAUCAAAUCGAGAUGAAGGAAUGGCUAUGCUUGACCUGCCAGGUAGAGAGAGCCUCAGGACCUCCCCCUGCUCAGCAACAAGUACCACUAGCAUCUCCACAAAAGAAAGUGACUCCAGAAAAUAAGCAGGCUGUUACUGUUGAGCAGGACAAGAAACUUGCAGAGGCUAAAAAACCUACAGUUACUCCAACACCAUAUGCUCAAAAAUCUAAAGAUGAUGCAGAUCCUUCCAAACUUGCUCCAACAUCAAAAGUUGAACAGAAUAAGGAAGACUCUGGUUUCUUUGGCUUUGGUGCACGAUCUCGGUCACCUUCGCCUCAAUCUGCAGUGUCUGGAAAAGUUCUGGGUUUUGGGUCCUCAUUCCUCAGUUCAGCAUCUAAUCUGAUAUCCUCAGCCAUUCAGGAUGAGUCAUCCAGCAAAACUCCACCAACUUCUCGAAAAGGAUCUACCGUGUCCCAAAAUUCUAUCAAGACAACACCAACACCACCUACCUCUCGAAAGGGUUCAGAAGCUGCUCAAGUCGUGCAAAAAAGUAAAGUGGUGGAGGAAGCCAAGCUUACUGUUGUAAAGAAACAAGAUGAAAAGAAAAUAGAGGAGAGUAAACCACAAGAUGAGAUGCCUGAAGUACCAGUUGAUGAUGUGCGAAGUAACGCACCAGUCCCAGAGCUUUCAAAAGUCUGUCCAAUCUGUAAAGUAGACUUAAAGAGCGAUCCAUCCAACUAUAACACUUGUACUGAAUGCAAGAACACAGUGUGCAACCUUUGUGGAUUUAGUCCUAUGCCACACCAAACUGAGGUAAAGGAAUGGCUAUGUUUAAACUGUCAGCUAAAGAAAGCACAAGAAUUUCCUUCUGCCCAACCACCCCCAAAGGUUAGCAAAUCAUCUCCACCAACAAAACCGGAAGACAAGGACAGUCCUAUACCCUCUCAAAUUUCUGUUUCUUCACAAAAUAUGACAGAUGUCACUGAAACAAAAAGUGCAUCGGUUGCUACAGAGAAUCAAGAAAGCAAACCAACACAAGCUUCAACACCAGUACCCAAAAAUCCAAAAAGUGAUCCAUCUCCUACAAAACAUGCUGUAACACAGAAAGCAGAACCUUCAAAGGAGGAAGCAGAUUUCUUUACCUUCGGUUUUGGUGGUGCCCGAUCUGGAUCCCCUCAGCCCUCUGUUACUGCUGUCUCAGGGAAGGUUCUUGGCUUUGGAUCCUCCUUUUUGAGUUCUGCAUCUAAUCUAAUAUCAACAGCCAUUCAAGAUGAGUCCUCAAAGACCCCACCAACUUCUCGUAAGGCUUCCAUGGCUUCUGAAACAUCUGCAAAGACCACAACGCCGCCAACAUCUCGCAAGGCAUCUGUGGUGUCCCAAACAUCAUUAAAGACUACACCAACAUCACCCGCUUCUCGUAAAGGAUCUGUAACUUCUCAACAAAUUCCACCUACUGGUGAUACCAGUAAAGCACCUAUACCAGACAAAACAGAUGUGAAGCAGGUCCAACAGGCAACAACAGUAAAUGAAGCUGUAAUAGGAACAGUCACAGCUCCUAAAGCAGAGACAAAAACAUGUCCUCUUUGCAAAGUAGAUCUUAAAAUAGGUACUAAGGUCCCUCCAAACUACAAUACUUGCACUGAGUGCAAGGACAUUGUUUGUAACCUCUGUGGAUUCAACCCAAGACCACAUCAAACAGAGAUCAAUGAAUGGCUUUGUCUGAACUGCCAGACACAGCGAGCAUUAAAUGGAAUAAAACCACAAGAACCUCCUAAAAUAAAAACCCACGAGCAACCUGCCAAAGUCUUCACCCCCGCACUUGCCCCAAAAACAGAAAGUAUAACAUCAGGGUCAUCAUCAACCACUGUGGCUCCUGAUUCUGUAGAUGAAACACAAAAGAAAGAGAUUCAAGCUGUGGCCAUCUCUGACAGAACUAAGACUGAUGUUUCAGUGGAUGUCCAAAAGAAAGAAGAAGUCACAGGUUCACCAAAAGCACCAGAGAGUAACAUUAAGGGACCACCUGUAUCCUCGCCAAGGAAGGAAACAUCAGAUCCAAAGAAAGAGAAAGAGAAAGAGACUGUCACAGUCUUAAAGGAGUCUGACAAGCCUCCUGAAAAGUCUACUCCACAUGUGCAGACAGAGCCACCAAUACAGGAAUCUAGUUUCUUUGGUUUUGGAUUUGGUGGCCCUAAGAUGCAACCUGCUUCAACUAAAUCAUCGGAAUCAACAACUGGGAAACUAUUUGGCUUUGGUGGUCUCACAGAAACAGCUAGAUCUCGGUCACCCUCACCGCAGUCUGUUUCUGCAGUCUCUGGGAAAGUUCUUGGCUUGGGAUCUUCUAUAUUUAGCUCAGCAUCUAACUUGAUUAGCUCAGCUGUUCAGGAUGAGUCCUCCAAAACACCACCAACUUCUCGAAAGGGAUCCACAGUUUCCCAGACAUCUACCAAGGCAACACCUCCCACAUCUCGAAAGGGAUCUGCAGUGGCACCAGACUCUAGUAAAGUUCAACCUAUUGGAGACAAUAAAACACAAGCAGCACAAGAUGUAGAGAAGACACCAGACAUCAAACAAAUUACAUCACCCAAACCACUUCAAAAACCUUCUCCUAAAGAAGUCAAAACCAACUGUCCAUUAUGUAAAGUGGAGCUCAACAUUGAGUCUAAGGAUGCCAAGAAUUUUAACACAUGCACUGAAUGCAAGAUGACAGUGUGCAGUCAGUGUGGAUUUAACCCAAUGCCUCAUCAAACAGAGGUAAAACGGGCACAGGAAGAAGUGAAAAGUCCUUCAAUAAAGCCUCAGGCAGUUCCUUUAUUAAAAGAUGACAAAACUGCAUCCAAAGUUGACAAAAUAGCUGCAGCUCCAGUUGAGACCAAACCUGAUGAGAAUCCAACUGCAGCUCCCACUGAAAAGAAAGUUGCACCUGCUCAGGAAAUAAAGAAAGACAUCUCAGUUCAAAAGACCAGCAGUGAUGCAAAGCCACCUGAUAAGAUCACCUCAAGCACAGAUCUUCCUAAGCAGGACAAUACUAAACCAGAACCUGAGAAAACACAACAGCUAUCAACCAAGGAUACAAUUACUCCUGUCAAAUCUGCUCCGCCUACCGAGACUGAACCCCCAAAACAGGAGUCAACUUUCUUUGGUUUUGGCUUAGGUGGUAGUAAAGCACAGCCUCCUUCGCCAAAACCAACAGAUUCAGCCACAGGGAGGUUCUUCAGUGGCUUUGGUGGCCUGACAGAAACAGCAAGAUCCCGAUCACCAUCACCACAGUCUGUUUCUGCUGUCUCUGGGAAAGUUCUGGGCCUAGGAUCCUCUAUAUUUAGCUCAGCAUCUAAUUUGAUAAGCUCAGCUGUUCAGGACGAGUCCUCCAAAACACCACCAAUUUCUCGAAAGGGAUCCACAGUUUCCCAGACAUCUACCAAGGCUACACCUCCAACAUCUCGGAAAGGAUCUGCAGUGGCACCAGACUCUAGUAAAGUUCUACCUGUUGGAGACAAUAAAUCAGAAGCAGCACAAGAUUUAGAGAUGAGACAAGAUAUCAAACAAGUUACAUCACCCAAACCACUUCAAAAACCUGCUCCUAAAGAAAUCAAAACCAACUGUCCAUUGUGUAAAGUGGAGCUCAACAUUGAGUCUAAGGAUGCCAAGAAUUUUAACACAUGCACUGAAUGUAAGAUGACAGUGUGCAUUCAGUGUGGAUUUAACCCAAUGCCCCAUCAAACACAGGUUGAUGAAUGGCUUUGCCUGAAUUGCCAGGUACAACGGGCACAGGGAGAAUUGAAAAGUCCUUCAGUAAAGCCUCAAACAGUUCCUUUAGUGAAGGACAAUCAAACUGCAUCCAAAGUUGACAAGAUAGCUACAGCUAAAGUUGAGUCCAAACUUGAUGAAAAUCCAACCUUAGCUCCCAUUGACAAGAAAGUAGCACCUGCUCAGGAAAUAAAGCAAGACAUUUCGGUUAAAGAGACCAGCAGUGAUGCCAAGCCAACUGAUACGGUCACCUCUAGCAAAGAUCUUCCUAAGCAGGACAAUACUAAAACAGAACCUGAGAAAACACAACAACAAUCCACCAAGGAUACAAUUACUCCUGUAAAAUCUGCUCCACCUCCCGAGACUGAACCCCCAAAACAGGAGUCAAGUUUCUUUGGUUUUGGGUUAGGUGGUAGUAAAGCACAGCUUUCUUCCUCAAAACCAAUGGAUUCAGCCACAGGGAGAUUCUUCAGUGGCUUUGGUGGCCUGACAGAAACAGCAAGAUCCCGAUCACCAUCACCACAGUCUGUUUCUGCUGUCUCUGGGAAAGUUCUGGGCCUAGGAUCCUCUAUAUUUAGUUCAGCAUCUAAUUUGAUUAGCUCAACUGUUCAGGACGAGUCCUCCAAAACACCACCAACUUCUCGAAAGGGAUCCACAGUUUCCCAGACAUCUACCAAGGCAACACCUCCAACAUCUCGCAAGGGAUCUGCAGUGGCAGCAGACUCUAGUAAAGUUCAAACUGUUGGAGACAAUAAAACACAAGCAGCACAUGAUGUAGAUAAGACACCAGACAUCAAACAAGUUACAUCACCCAAACCACUUCAAAAACCUGCUCCUAAAGAAGCAAAAGCCAACUGUCCAUUGUGUAAAGUGGAGCUCAACAUUGAGUCUAAGGAUGCCAAGAAUUUUAACACAUGCACUGAAUGCAAGAUGACAGUGUGCAGUCAGUGUGGAUUUAACCCAGUGCCCCAUCAAACAGAGGUUGAUGAAUGGCUCUGCCUGAAUUGUCAGGUACAACGGGCACAGGGAGCAAUGAAAAGUCCACCAGUAAAGCCUCAAACAGUUCCUUUAGUGAAAGACAACCAAACAACAUCCAAAGUUGACAAGGUAGCUACAGCUCCAGUUGAGUCCAAACCUGAUGAGAAUCCAACCUUAGCUCCCAUUGAAAAUAUAGUAGCACCUGCUCAGGAAAUAAAGCAAGAUAUUUCAGUUCAAAAGACCAGCAGUGAUGCAAAGCUAACUGAUAGGAUUACUUCUAGCAAAGAUCUUCCUAAGCAGGACAAUACUAAAACAGAACCUGAGAAAACAAAACAAUCAACCAAGGAUACAAUUAUUCCUGUAAAAUCUGCUCCACCUACAGAGACUGAACCCCCAAAACAGGAGUCGAGUUUCUUUGGUUUUGGGUUAGGUGGUAGUAAAGCACAGCCUCUUUCUCCAAAACCAACAGAUUCAGCCACAGGGAGAUUCUUCAGUGGCUUUGGUGGCCUGACAGAAACGGCGAGAUCCCGAUCACCCUCACCACAGUCUGUUUCUGCUGUCUCUGGGAAAGUUCUGGGCCUAGGAUCCUCUAUAUUUAGCUCAGCAUCUAAUUUGAUCAGCUCAACUGUUCAGGACGAGUCCUCCAAAACACCACCAACUUCUCGAAAGGGAUCCACAGUUUCCCAGACAUCUACCAAGGCAACACCUCCCACAUCUCGGAAAGGAUCUGCAGUGGCACCAGACUCUAGUAAAGUUCAACCUAUUGGAGACAAUGAAACACAAGCAGCACAAGAUGUAGAGAAGACACCAGACAUCAAACAAAUUACAUCACCCAAACCACUUCAAAAACCUUCUCCUAAAGAAGUCAAAACCAACUGUCCAUUAUGUAAAGUGGAGCUCAACAUUGAUUCUAAAGAUGCCAAGAACUUUAACACAUGCACUGAAUGCAAGAUGACAGUGUGCAGUCAGUGUGGAUUUAACCCAAUGCCUCAUCAAACAGAGGUUGAUGAAUGGCUCUGCCUGAAUUGCCAGGUACAACGGGCACAGGGAGAAUUGAAAAGUCCUCCAGUAAAGGCACAAACAGUUCUUUUAGUGAAGGACAAUCAAAAUACAUCCAAAGUUGACAAGGUAGCUACAGCUCCAGUUGAGUCCACACCUGAUGAGAAUCCAAUUGCAGCUCCCACUGAAAAGAAAGUAGCACCUGCUCAGGAAAUAAAGCAAGACAUUUCCAUUAAAAAGACCAGCAGUGAUGCCAAGACAACUGAUAAGAUCACCACUAGCAAAGAUCUUCCUAAGCAGGACAACACUAAAAUGGAACCUGAGAAAACACAACAACAAUCAACCAAGGAUACAAUUACUCCUGUAAAAUCUGCUCCACCUUCCAAGACUGAACCCCCAAAACAGGAGUCGAGUUUCUUUGGUUUUGGAUUAGGUGGUUCUAAAGCACAACCUCCUUCUCCAAAACCAUCUGAGUCAUCUACAGGGAGGUUCUUCAGUGGCUUUGGUGGCCUGACAGAAACAGCGAGAUCCCGAUCACCCUCACCACAGUCUGUUUCUGCUGUCUCUGGGAAAGUUAUGGGAUUUGGAUCUUCAUUAUUUAGCUCAGCAUCUAAUCUGAUCUCUUCAGCUGUUCAAGAUGAGCUACCCACAACACCACCAACUUCAAGAAAAGGCUCCACAGUUUCUACUGGCUCUGGUAAAGCUACCACAGCACCAGCCUCCCGCAAAGGCUCAGUGGCUUCUGCCAGAACUACACCACUGACACCUCGCAAAGGAUCUGUUACAACUGAAACCGACAACAAUACUCUUGCAAAAGAGGUAAAAGAGCAGGUUGAAAAGAAAGCAGAGCAAGUCAGUGUGGACAAAUUAUCAAGCAUACCUGCAUCAGAAAAAGAUACACCUGAAUCUGGAAGGGAUACAUUACUGACACAUCCUGAAAGUUUACCUCAGCCAUCCACUUGUCCGCUCUGUAAAAUUGCCCUAAACAUGGGCUCGAAAGACCCUCCUAAUUACAAUACCUGCACUGAAUGUAAAAGCGUGGUAUGUCAACUCUGUGGAUUUAACCCUAUGCCUCAUCUUGCAGAGGCUGAGUGGUUGUGUUUGAAUUGCCAGACACAGAGAGCUAUAACUGGACAGCUGGGAGACAUGGGAAAAAUACCAAUAGCUGGUCCAGUAUCUGCAAAAGACCAACCUACAGUCAAACCCAAAACACAGCUUCCUGAGACUCCUGCACCAACACAGGUAGCUGUGCCACAACCUGAGCCAAAACCUUCAGCUGAAAAGCAGGGAAAGGAGGAGAAUACUACUGCUGAAAAGACAGCGGUGACCACUCCAGCAGUCCCUGCCCCCCUGUCUGUUGUUCCUACCACAUAUUUACCACAGACCGAGUUGAAAGCUGUGGUGGCACCAAUACCAGCUGCAGAGUCUCAGAAAGCUGUUGUUACUGCUGCUGAUGUCACUUUGACAGAAACAGGCAAAGACAAAAUCCCAGAUGAGACAAAACUUGAGAGAGGACCAAUGUCUAUGUUUCCAGCAGCUCCUAUUGAGGCAGAUGUAGUAAAGGUUAAAGAAGAUACAUACACUCAUCCUACAACAGAAGAACAACUGGACAAUGUUGUGAUACAGAUGGAUAGCAGUCUUGCAGAAAUUUAUAAAGUAGACACCUUGAAAGCAGAUACUAAAGAGCAACAAAGAAAGGACAUCUUGCCAGUUUCAGUAGAAUCAUAUAGCUCGGCUGAAGAGGAGCUUAAGGAGAUACAGAGGGUCAGUGAAAUGGCUGUGAAAGAAACUGCUGCAAAACUGUUGCCUGUCAGAGCACAGGAUAAUGUAAAACAAUACCAUGAGGACAGCAGUGAGAGUGAACCCUCCCCUCAGAUACAAAGAAGGAGAGUGAGGCCUCCAUCCUCAAGUAGUGAGGACUACAAACUAGACAGUUCAAAUUCUGGAGAUGAUGAGGAGUUCAUACGUAGACAACUCAUGAACAUGGGUGAAGAUGAGAACUUACCCUCUGAUGAGGAAAACAUUGUCAGAGAACAACUAGACACAUUGCAAGAAACCAAAGAGGACGAAAAAGAUUUCAUGAAGCCUAAACUUGCCCUAAAGAAACUUACCGUAGAACCUGAGGUGAGUUCCGAUAUCAGCCUGUCUUCUCAUGAUCAAGAUGAACAAGUUGUCCAAGUCAUUCCUGUCUCAGAAGCAUUAGAAGUAUCAAGUGUGGAAAUAGAUGUCUCGGUUGACAAUGAGAAGAUCACAGUCACUGACACCAUAGCAGCUGCCAUUACACAAAAAAGCCCUGUAAGACAGACCACAGAAGAGUAUGAGAGUCUUGUUGAAGACUCAUCCAAAGGUGAUGGGUCUUCCAGUGUUCAGGUGUCCAGCAUCACACCUGGAACAGCUUCACCUACUUCUGUGUCCUCUAUUGAUGAAGAUAGUGAUAGUAGCCCAAGUCAUAAAAAGGCAAGAGCAGAGAGUAAACAGCAAAGAAAGGCAAAACACAGACAACACGGACAAGCACUUCCCACUAUAGAAGACUCAUCUGAGGAGGAUGGGUUACAUGAGAGAGGUGAUCAACCGAUGGAGCUUGAAGAAGAAAGAGAUGAUCAACAGCAGUUAAGAAAGGUCUCAAGAAAACUGAAGAGUGACAAAGAUGAAUUGGUCAUGCAAAGGAGGCGUGAUCAUUUGACUAAAACUGAUAAAUUACGUCAGGUUGCAGGAACAGAGGAAGGGAAGUCCUCUUCCUUCUCUGACUUUUCGCCCAGUGUUGAAUCUGAUGCAGAAAGUGCAGAAUACAGAACAUUAUCAUCUGAAACACAAGAGGCUGCAGGGAAGCCAUUAAAGAAUGCUGAAGAGGUAUAUGAGGAAAUGAUGCUGAAAGCACAGGAAUACAAAACAGAGAAAUUUACACCACCUGAUAUCGAACCACUAUAUGGGGGCAUGUUAAUAGAAGACUACGCUUAUGAAACUUUGGUUGAUGAACAAGACCAGGCUGCAGCAGCUUUUGGUAAUUUCACCCAUGAGCAGGACCGGGAGUCUGUGAGAAUACUUAUGACACCAGAUGAGGCUUAUGAGGAGAUGAUGCGUAAAAGGAGCAAUAUUGUGCUAAAAGAAGAAGAGUCUCGGCAAACAUACACAACAAAGAUCGACACAUCAUUGCCACUUGAUGACAGUGACACUUGUUAUGUGACUAUUUCUGGAAAUGAUGCACUUGCUGCAGAUAAAAAUUCAAAGGCAAUGUUGCAAACAGAGGAUGCAUAUGAAGAGUUGCUGAAGGCACAAAAAGAUGUUUUAACACCAGGAACAAGUCCAACACCAUCAACUCCUUUGUCUCCUGCCUCCCCUCUGACUGUAUCUGAGUCAUCAUAUGAUUCCCCAGAGGUUAUACUCAUUCCUUCAAGUGGAGAAGAAGACAACCUAGCUGAACCAAUUGAAUGCAUUUUGGAGCCCUAUAUUACAGAGUCAACAUCUACUCAAGAUGUGUUUAUGAAUAAAACAUUAUAUCCUAUUCCUGAUUUAAAGAUCACCCAGUGUUCCUCAGGUGAAGAUGAAAUUGAAGAGGAGGACAUUGUCAGACAAGAACAAAUAUCACCUGAGCCAACUGAUAUCUCUCUAAGUGAAGAAGAACAACAAGCCUCAGGAGAUUUAUUUGAGACUGAUCCCAUUUCUGUUGUCUGUGAAGUUCCUUCAUCAAAAUAUGUUGUGGAAACAACAACGCUAUCUCCACUGUCCCCACCAACAUCCCCAGCAAUCUCAUCUCCAGAUUCAAAUAUAGAACUAGAAACAGCUCCAUCAUCCUCUCCAGUGUCUGACCAGACAUCUGAAUUAACUACACCAGCUAGCCCCAGUGUUGUUGAUGUUUCUGGCCCAGUUGUAAUUCACAUGCCAGACUUAAUGGAUGAGCAAACCGCAGUACACUCAUCAGUUGCAGCUUCCGCACAGACUAUUGUAACUGCUUCACCUGCCAUUUUAGCUUCACCUCAUGUCUCAGAAAAUGGUAGCACUCCUGCUCCUCCUGAAGUUCUUGUUUCAAAACCAACACAAGGUCCCAAACCAACUCCGGCUCCAAAACCAACAGUACCAAAAACUAUACAGCAAGCAGUCCCUUCCCCAGAGAGGGUUUCAACCCAUACAGUGGAUUCAACUCAGAAAUCUUUAGCUGGUGCAAUACAUGAACCAACUUCAGUUACAAAAUCAGCAAUUAUAGACAAACCAACUGUUGCACCAAUGACUGCUGAAAAAGUUGACCCUGUGAAAACUUCAACUACAACAGUUCUUACAUCUAUUGCUCAAUCUCAAGAAAAACCUUUAAUUCAGACUUCAAUUGUUGUUCAAAUGCCAGAUCAUAUUUCUUCUUCAUUGGAGCACCCAGUUCUAGAACAAACCCCAGUUUCAGCACCUACUCUGCCAUCUACUGCACUAAAGAAUCAAGUACCUACAGCUACCCCCACUGUUGCUACUAUGCCAGAUACACACCUCCUAUGUCAGGUCACAUCUACAUCUCAGUCAGUGGAACAAGCAUCAAUUUCUGUUCCAACAAUGGUACAUUCCGCAGUUCCAGCAAGCAUUGUCUCUACAGACCUAACAAGCUCAGCUGUUGUACAAGUGGCCACACUACCAUCUGCUCAUACCACGUUACCUGCUUUGAUUAGAGAUAUUCAGCCACCAGCCAGUGUUUCAAUUCAAAUUCCCACUCAGAGACUAGUGGAAACCAGAUCAGAUAUUGCUUUACCAUUACAUCAAACCGCUCCCAUUUCACCCCCAGCGGAUCACAUGGAGUGUAUUGCUGCAAAGACAGUCUCUGUUGUUUCUCCCACUAUUACUACAACUGUUGCUUAUGAAAAUUCACUUUCCCAUCCCGUUAAAUCAAUGCUGGCUGAUUCUCAGCCAACAAUGACACAAAUACAGCAGAAAAUAAUUCCAGAUACUGCAAUUCAUCCAGUUGAACAGAUACCACAAAGUCAGAUUAGUUUUAGAUUACCAAAUCUAGAAAAAAAUGUUGGCGAUGAGAAAGUCCAACCUGUUAUUGUUAGUGUUUCUCCCAUUACCUAUCCAGCCACAGUAUCAAGUUUUGUUUCUCCUUGUGUGGCAUCUGCAAAACCUUACAUUUCUCAUGAAAGAACAGAUAAACCAGUAAUUUCAUUUCCACCACCUCCCCUUGCUACACCCCCAGAAUUACCAUAUAGCACAGUACCCAGGUCUGAUUUUGACCAGCAAAUGGCUUUUCAAACUACCUCAUCAGUUACUUCAUCUCAACCUAACCCCCCAGAAACUGUGGCCAGUGUAACUAUAAAAGGAGCAGUGACACCAACACACAAAUCACCACCCCCUGUUCCCCCGAAACCUGUCUGCAUUCCCCCAGGACUGGUAUUUAGUCACAGAUCACGUGAAAGCAUAAAACCACCAGUUAGUCCUGAACCAGUAGUUGUCCAAGCAGUUCGUGCUGUAACUUUGCCAAGAACAAGAGAACCUCCAAAUGCAUUAACAUUAAGUUUGACAGCCCCAAUAGAGACCAAGCACAGUGCUUCAUCACCAAAAUCACCUUUGUCACCAAGAUUUGCUAGAACUCUUGAAACAUACGUUGUUAUAACAUUACCAUCAGAACCAGGAUCACCUGUCGAGGCCAUUACAACUCAAGCACCUGUGAGAAGAUCCUCACUACCAACUUCCAGGCAGCAGGAUACAUGUGAUGCUCAUAGAGCGUUUGGUCCAGCUGCAAUAGAUGCACCUGUGUCAUUAAUUUCAGCACAAGUUGUAGCAGCCCCACUAAAGGCUACCCCUGCUUUAAAUACAGCAGCACCUCUUGUGGUGAUGGCACCUGCUUUUGCUUCAACUACAAUGGAGACGUAUUAUGCAAUGCCAGAGAUAAAGUCAACACAAAGCAUUGUACCACCUUGUGUAACAGUUCCAGAGCUGCCAGUAACUUUUGAUCCAAUGCUGGUUGAAGCUCCUCCUUUAGCGACAUCCUCAGAAUUAGCACAGACUUUGCCUUUUAUUCCUCAUAUCAGUAUGGGAAAUGUAGCACAUUCCCCGUCUGAGUUUGUUACACCAUAUUAUUCAGCACCAGUCGAAAUGGCACCUCGUGCUUUGAUUUCAGCAGCACCUGUUGCAGCACCACCACUACCGCCUACUGCAUUGGAACCAACUGUAUAUCCUGCAAUGGUCUAUACCACACCCUCUAUGGUUUGUCCUCCUCCCAUGGCUUCAGCCUCAACAUUGCAUUCAUCAAAACCAUUAGAGGAGCUACCAAUAACCUUAGCCCCCAUGUCUGGAGCUCCAGCAGUGUCUGUUGCUCAAAAUAUAGUAAGUGAUGUUCGAAAAGAACUGGAGAUGCAACAAGCGCAAACAACAUAUUCAGUACCAAUAACAAUAACCCAGAUUCCAAUCCAAGCUCAAAAUGAAGAUAUUCCUGGUUUGGAUAUGGAAGAAGUACUAAUAGUCUCAGCCCCAGAAGAGAUAUUAUCUGAUAUGGGUCCAACACCAGUUCCAAUAACACAACAAACAGUUUAUGAGGAAAAAAAUGAAAUUCCAUCAAUGACUUCUGCAACAGCAGUGCCACCAGUACCAGUCACAUUUACCCAAUUUACAAAAUCUAUUGAGAGUCAGGAAAUAUGUGGACAAGAUAAGUUUAUUUCAAGCAUGAGUCAAGUCUACUCUGCAAUUUCAACAACUGAGCAGCGUCCUGACACCUUGCCUAAGCUUGUAACCCAAGUUGUCACGACUGAAGUGCAAAGAACAACAACUGUGUCGGUUGUCCAGGAGAGGAUUCCUGUGGACCCCACACCUGAACCUGUGAGUGCUACAGUCACAGUUCAACCAGAGGUCCAUCCAAAGUCCAAACAAAAUGGAAGAAUACAUUACCCUACUGAUGUCGUAGAUCUCACCACAUUUAAAGUGAAUGUUACAAUGACUGACAGAGGAAUGGAUCUGACAGCCCCAGAUUCAAGUAGGUCUUCUCUGUCAAGUGAAUCAAGUGGCCGACAGGCUACUGCAGUACAGCCAGAAAUUGUGAAUCUUAGUGCUGAAAUAAUCCCCAGUCCAACUCUGUCUGUUGUAAACGAUAGCAUAACAAUAGUCACUUGCACAGCUACAAUUGCCUACAAUAACAAUAGCACAUUUGACAAGCCCCUGGACCUGGGAAAUGCUACUUCAGUGCCUCUUCCACUUACCACAUACAAUCCAUUUGAGCCUCUUGCACAGAUUGUAUACAGACCAGUGAAUUCUCAACCUAAGCCUACAGCUAGUGCAGAGAUUCCUGUUAACCUAUCAAACAGAGCUGCCACAAUCAGUGCCCCUCCUCUAAUGCCUGUUACUGUAGCCCCUGUCAGUUUCACAAAUGGCACUGUUGGUAUACCAAUGCAUACAGAGCCAUCAGUGGUUGGACCUGUAGAUCUCACCACAUCUAAGCCAUUAAAUACCAUGGUUGCUUUGUCCUCAUCUUCUGGAGUGGUCACAAAUGUUGUGGAAGAUGAUGGUACACCAGUUGAUCUUACAUCUGGAAGACGAACAGUUUGCUGUGAUGUUAUUUACAGGCUUCCAUUCACAGGGAGCUGCAGAACACAGCCUCCUGUGACAACACAACCAGACACUCAAAUUGGCUAUGAAAUUGAUAAUGCCAAAAUGUCUGUCAUUGAAAAUCUCAGUACCAUGAAGACAUCAAUAUCGGACAGUAAUUUCAAAGAGACUGGGCUCCUUAGUUAUGAAAGGAAGAAUGGAUUCACCUAUCAGAAUGGGGCACCUGAGGGAGCCAUGGAUUUGACAUCAGCUAAAAUCUCAAUGGAAGAAGCCUUAGACUACUCAAAGAAAGGCACUUUGGCAUUUACUGGAAUCACCACUACUCCAUAUUCUCAAGGAACAUCAUAUGGAGUCAAUAGUUUGCUAAGAUCAACAAAUGGCAUUGUUUACUCAUCUGUGGCUGCACCUGUUCCCUCCACAUAUGCCAUUACAACCCAACCAGGUUCAAUAUUUAGUACAACACACAAUAGUCAGACUGAUCCUACAGAACCAUUGUCAGCAUUUGACAAUCAGCCUGCUCCAUAUGGCUUUGUACACACAGCCACAGACCAAUCAAUAUUCUCACAAUCGGAUAUAUCAAAGGAUAUCCUACCCUCUGCGUUAGCUAGUCUUCUUCCCUCAUUGACAGCUUUCCCUGAGCUCUAUUCAGAUGCUACACUUGAAGCAAUAGCAGCCUCACUGGAUACACUGGUAUCCCCAAAUUUCCCUGAUUUAGAUGACAGCAAGAGCCAGCAGUACAAGGCAGAACAUGAAUUUUUACAAUUAGAGAAGCUAAAGCAGCUGUGUCUAGCUGAAGAGCUUGAAUGGGAGAGACAAGAGAUACAGCGCUAUCGUGAACAAGAGGAAUUCAUUGUGCAGAAGGAGCUAGAGGAACUACAGAACAUGAAGCAGCAACUUCUAAUGCAGCAAGAAGAGGAAAGAAAAGCCCAACUCAUUCUUCAACAAGAAACAUUUGCACAGCAGCAACAUCAGUUAGAGCAGAUCCAUCGAUUACAGAAGCAACUACAGCAACAAUUGGAAGAACAAAAGAUAUACCCAUAUGGGUUCGGCCCAAUUGAGGGGAUGUCCCCACCUAUGGGCUCAGACAUUAUACUUGACUCAAAAUAUUCUGGGGGAGAUAAUGGACAGUAUUGGCCAGUAAAGGAUGACAAUUCAAUGUCAUCUGCGGUUUCCACCCAUGACCCUAUGUUAGUUCAUAACUGGCAAUCAGCAACAGCACAGCACAGUUCAAACAUUCCUGUAACAGUGAGUGCACAGACAAAGGAGCAAAUGCAGUUGUCCACAAACAUGUCUGAUUCAGCCAAGCAAGAGCAAAAUCUAGGGUUAAGUGGUAAGAAACUGAUCGAGAGUGGUGUUCAAACAGAUGAUGAAGACGGGGUUGAGAAGAUUCCAUCUGGUAGAAAGAGAAGAAGUAGGAGAAGUGUGGAUAGCUGUGUUCAAACUGAUGAUGAGGAUCAGGAUGAGUGGGAUGUUCCUGUUCGGAGCAGGCGCAGGUCUCGUUCCAGUAGAUAUGCUGAUGGAGAGAAGGGUAAAAGCUCUAAGGUGUCAAGUAUUGCGAUUCAGACUGUAGCAGAGAUUUCAGUUCAGACUGAGCAUUCGGGAACCAUUAGAAGAUCUCCUGUUAGGGCUCAGGUGGACACAAAGGUAGAUUUACAGAGAGAGGGCCAAACAGAAAGUGAUUCAGAUAUUAUAUCAGACAGAGAUAAAAGACGCCCAGUUCCCACUGGGAUAACUGUUAGCACACACCUCACAGCUGAUGAUGUUGGAACUUCAAUAGUUACCAAGUCUCCAAAGGUACUAUGCUCCCCAGUCUCACCAAUGUCCCCUGGGAAAAGUUCACAAAAGAUGCUUACAGCUGAUUCAUCAAGGCAUCUCAGUAGUCCAAGAUCACUACGGGCCUCACAGCGAUCUCUGUCUGACCCCAAGUCACUUAGUCCAACAACUGAGGACAGAAUGAUGUACCAGUACUCAGAAACUUACUCAAGCAAAGGUUCUCAGAGUGGCACACCAGUUGGCUCUUAUAAGAAAGUAAAACGCACUCUACCUCAUCCACCCCCAGAAGAAGAGAACAUCAUUGGCCUUUCUGGGUACUCCACUUCUUCAGCCAGAAGACGAAUUUGCAGGAACACAACUAUAGCACGGGCCAAAAUCCUUCAGGAUAUAGACAAAGAGCUGGAUUUAGUUGAACGUGAGUCCUCCAAACUCCGUAAGAUACAGGCAGAACUUGACGAGGAGGAGAAAGAGAUAGAUGCUAAAUUGAGAUAUCUGGAGAUGGGUAUAAAUCGAAGAAAAGAGGCUUUACUGAAAGAGAGAGAAAAGAGGGAGAGAGCCUACUUACAAGGAGUGGCAGAGGAGCGAGACUACAUGUCAGAUAGUGAGGUCAGCAACAUCAGAGAGCCACGAGGUAAUGGCCAUGGACUAGAACGGCCACGGACUGCCCCACAGUCAGAGUUUAACCAGUUUAUUCCUCCACAAACUGAGUCUGAGUCCCAGUAUGCACAGCUUACGAGCCCAUACUCCCAUUAUCAGUAUGCAUCUCAAACAAGUCAGUAUCCUCAGCAGACUUUGUACCAGCAGCAGUCUCUUUACCAUCAGCAGGUGUCCCCCUACCAAUCCAUUUACUCAUCAGUUCCCUCACUUAAUCAGCAGUCCCAGCAGACUGGCUAUGACCAUUCCUCACUCCUUCUGAUGCAACAAAAGCCCCGUCAGACAACUUUGUCUGACUUGGAGCCAAAAAUAACAACAAACUAUGAGGUUGUACGCAACCAGCCCCUCCUAAUUGUCCCUACAUCCACAGAGAGUGCCUACGGAGUUUCCCAUCUUGGUGGUAAAUACAGUAGCCUUGAUCUGCGGAUGGGCCUGGAAGAGAGAGCCAGCAUGGCUAGCAGUCCCAUGUCCAGCAUAUCAGCUGAGUCCUUCUAUGCAGACCUUGAUCACCACAAUGCCAGGAACUAUGUCUUGAUUGAUGACAUCGGUGAACUCACAAAAAGCUCAACGGGUCUUGGUUCAAGCUACAGUAUCGCCGAUAAGGAUAUAAGCAAAGCUGAUCGACUUCUCCGGACUGCUGAUAUCCGUCGAACAGCAGAUGUGGCAGACUUUCUCAGUCCACUCCAGUCUGCUUCUAGGCUCCAUUCAUAUGGAAAAACAGAUGAGGAUUCCAUGGAGGAGCCAUAUGAAUUGAAGAUGUUGAAACAGCAAAUCAAGCAGGAAUUCAGACGAGGCACUGAUAGUCUUGAACAGCUUACAGGCCUGCCUCAUUACCUCCAUUCUGACACUAGUUUUAGACAUUUCCCCAAAGCUGAGAAAUAUAGCAUUGGGAGACUAACUUUAGAGAAGCAAGCAGCCAAGCAACUUCCUGCGUCAGUUCUUUACCAGAAACAGCUAAAGAAUAAAAAAGCACUUAUUGACCCUAAAAUCACAAAGUUUUCACCCAUUCAGGAGAGCAGGGACCUUGAACUAGACUACAGCAACUUUUUGGCCUCUGCCUCAUCAGUUGGUGGACUGUCUGCCAGGGCACGGCUCCUGCAGGAUGAGAUCACAUUUGGUCUCAGGAAGAAUCUAGCAGAGCAACAGAAAUAUCUGGGUUCAGCUCUAGGUGCUAACCUGGCUCAGUCCCUCAACUUUGGCCAAUCUUUAAACCUAGGGCCUUCCAUAAGGUCUUCCCUGCAUGAAGAUGGCACCUACCCCAGCGGCACUCGGUCAAGACCUUCCUCUAGGCCUUCAUCUGUGUAUGGACUGGACCUUUCUAUCAAAAGAGACUUAUCAAACUCUUCACUACGUUUAAAAACAGAGGGUGAAGGCAUGGACUCCCAGUUUGUUUCUAGGGCUAAACCAACAAGUCUACCAAUUAGUCAGAGCAGAGGUCGAAUUCCCAUUGUUGCACAAAACUCUGAGGAAGAGAGUCCAUUGAGCCCUGUGGGUCAGCCCAUGGGCAUGGCCAGAGCAUCUGCAGGCCCGCUUCCACCCAUCUCAGCAGACUUAAGAGACCAAUUUGGCUCCAGUCAUUCUCUUCCAGAAGUCCAGCAGCACAUGAGAGAGGAGUCUAGGACAAGUGGCUAUGAGCGGGACAUUGCCUUUAUAAAGGAUGACCUUCAGGGGGCCAUGUCAGAUAGCGAAGCUGGAGGGCCUAGCUGGAAUGUGAAAGCAUAUCACCUUCAGCAUGAAGAGACAGACUGGUUUGACAAACCCCGCCAGGGACGUGGUGGACCAGAGACUGGGACUGACAGAAGACAGAUGAAAGGCAGCCAUUACCCCUUCCCACACACUCGCAUCAAACUGCAACGGGACCCCAAGGACCACAGUGUCUCAGGGAGUGGGCUGGGAAUCAGAGUCGUGGGUGGAAAAGAGAUUCCAGGAACCAACAGAGAGAUUGGAGCCUACAUCGCCAAAGUUUCAGCAGGAGGAUAUGCUGAGCAAACGGGGAAAGUCGUAGAAGGAAUGCAGGUUCUGGAGUGGAAUGGAAUCUCUCUGCUUGGAAAGACAUAUGAAGAAGUGCAGAGCAUUGUUGGUCAGCAGAGUGGAGAAGUAGACGUAUGUGUGCGACUAGAUUUAAACAUGCUCUCCAACACAGAACAGCCUCAACAACUGGAGCUUCACAAUCAACUGAGAGCUGGUGAGCGUCAGCGCUCUCCAGGUGUAGACCCAAAGCAGCUGGCAGCGGAGCUGCAGAAGGUGUCUCAACAACAGGGUCCAGCAUCGGUUCUGUCUGCCCUGGAGAGAGCAGGACACCUGCACUCAGGACCCGGAUCUGCUGCUUCCAGUGGAGUCCCCAGCCCCGGGCAGCCUGGCUCCCCAUCCGUCAGCAAGAAGCGACACAGCAGCAAGUCAGCAGAGGCCCUGAAGCCACAACCACAUCCAAUCACUGGUGACAUACAACUUCAAAUCAACUACGACAGGAAUAUGGGCAAUCUGAUUGUUCACGUGCUACAGGCAAGAAACCUCGCUCCGAGAGAAAACAACGGAUACACAGAUCCUUUCGUCAAAGUCUAUCUUUUACCAGGGAGAGGCCAAGUCAUGGUUGUCCAGAACGCAAGUGCUGAGAACAAGAGGAGGACUAAAUAUAUCCAGAAGACCCAGAACCCAGAAUGGAACCAGACAGUCAUUUACAAAAACAUACAUCUGGAGCAGCUGAAAAAGAAGACUCUGGAAGUGACUGUGUGGGAUUAUGACAGAUACUCCUCAAAUGAUUUCCUCGGAGAAGUGCUCAUUGAUCUCUCCAACACGGCUCAGCUUGAUAACACACCUCGCUGGCACCCUCUUAAGGAGCAAAGUGAAAGUAUUCACCAUGGAAGAACCCACCCUCCACAGGGGCCCGGCGGCUCAGGGGGCUUUGGAGGUCAGGGUGGCUCUGGAGGUCAGGGAGGCCCUGGAGGACCAGGAGGUUCUGGAGGUCAAGGAGGGCAACCUGGGAACCAGCAGUCCCCUAAAACCUCAGUCAUCAAGAGCCGAAGUCAUGGCAUUUUCCCUGACCCUGCUAAAGACACACAGGUCCCUACAAUAGAAAAGUCCCACAGUAGUCCUGGCAGUUCCAAAUCCUCCUCUGAGGGUCACUUGCGCUCCCAUGGCCCAUCACGCAGCCAGAGCAAAGGCAGCGUCACUCAAGCGCACCUGGAGGAGGCCGGAAACGCCAUCGCUGCAGCCGAAGCUGCUGUCCAUCAGUCCCGACUCCAGCCAAAUAAAACAAACCACAGAAUGACAGACGGAGAAGGAUACACUCUGGACAGUGAAGAUAGCAUGGGCACUAAUGCUUUGGACAGUGCCAUAUUUCAAGUCCCUCAGAUGAAAAACAUCCCAAAUGGAACCGAUAAAACCAGAGGACUUGAAUCUUUAAACCUGCCUGACUCAGAAGGUAAAAUGAUGGGAGAGAUAAAGGUUGCUCUGAAGAAGGAGAUGAAAACUGAAGGAGAGCAGCUGGUUCUUGAGAUCCUGCAGUGCAGAAACAUCACCUACAAGUUCAAAUCUCCAGACCACCUCCCUGACCUGUAUGUAAAGCUUUAUGUGGUCAAUGUGGCGACACAAAAGAGGAUCAUAAAGAAGAAGACCAGAGUGUGCCGCCAUGACAGAGAGCCAUCAUUCAACGAGACGUUUCGUUUUAACCUGAAUCCCGUUGGCCAUUCUAUUCAGCUGUUCCUGGUGUCAAAUGGAGGAAAGUUUAUGAAGAAGACCUUAAUCGGUGAGGCCUACAUCUGGCUGGACAAGGUGGACAUGAGAAAGCGGGCGGUCAGCUGGCACAAGCUGGUACCCACUACUAGUCAAACACAGCCAUAAUCAGACACUCCCCUUUAAAAAAGAAAAACGAAACAGGUAAAGAAAUGACUGAGAGGUGGUGGGAAUGGAAAACCAAGUUAAAGAAAUACCUGAAUACUGAAUGGAUAAGACUGAAACAUUUAUUGGUGAUGUUCUGAAUUUCCAGUCAUUCACCAGGAUUUACAAUAUAAAUCAAUUUCUGAUCACAUGAGUAUUUCUGCAACUGCAUCCCACAUCUAUAAUAUCAACUUUUGUUUACAUUUCACGUUUUCAUUGCACACAAAAAAUCACAAGAAGCUAGACGUAGCAUAAUAUAUCAUUCUUGACACAAUCGUGAAAAAUAAAUAAUGACCAUAUCAGACUAUGUUAUGCACUGUAUGGAGGUUAUACCGUAAGAAAGAAAGACAAUCGUAAAUAUAAUGGAUUUCCCCUCAUAAUGAAUGCAGAGUUCACGAUUCCUCCGUUUGUAAUGUCUUGAGUGUCGUCUUCAGCGUUUGUUUGGUGACGGAUACACUGAUGCCUCACUGAAAUCGAGAUGAUCUGGUUUUCACCAUGAUUAAAUGAUGCCGUGCUUUGUUUUCAUCGUCUGAUGAGGUGUCUCUGAGGCUAAAGGGCAUCUAUUUUCGAUUGUUUGUAUCCACGAUGUGUUUGUUUUCUGAACAGCAUCUUGAAGUAAAUGUCCUGUUAGUGGUCAGAUGUUGUCUCUGUUUAGUGACCAAGUUGUGUGUGGAAUCCAAAUAUGCAAUGACAAAAAAAUAUAUAUAUGAAAAAUAAUAAUAAUGACAAUAAUUAUAAGUCCUCGUCUGGCUCAAUUGGCUCGACUGAAAUCCAGAUGUGAUGUUUGUUGUUUAUUUGUCUUAUACGUGUUCUCGGUGGUGCAUUUUUUUUUAAUAUUGAUUUCCCUGCUGUAAAGUUAAUCUAAAAAGGACUUUAUUAUUCAUUAUUAUCACUGCCUCGUUAUUAGCCUCCACCAUAUCAACGUAUCGCUACACUAACAGGUGCCAUUAUUGAAUAAAGGCACGUUUUUGGGGGGUCUUGAAAACACCAGACAGGCAUUUUCUAUCUUAAAAGUCAGUGUUUUCGUUAUAUUAAGGUCGGAAACAGAGUGGCUAAUAAACAUACGCCAACGUUUCCAUAUGAUUUCAUUUGCAUCUUGCACAGGUGGUGCACAGAUGUACCUGAAUCAGAAGGUUGCUGUCGUGGUAAGAGAAACUAUCAUGUGCCAACCUGAUGUUUUAACCAAAUCCACUGGUUCUGUUUGGGUAAAUCUAUGCAACAUGGAUUAUGUUCUUUGAAUGCAUAUACCUUAACAUGUGACAUCAAGAGUGUGUAUGAUAUGUGUAUAUCUGUUAAAGGAAAAAAAAGAAAAUUCUAUGAAUAUUGUAUAGUGUUUAUUUUUAUUUAUUUAUUUUUUAACUUCCUCUUUAUGGCACAGUACAUAUUGCUCAUAUGCACUUUACGUUGUUUAAUAGGUUUCCAUUUUAUCUUAAAUGUUAACAUACAUGGGUUUUUUGGGGGGUGGGGGAAUAAUAUCUGUGCAGAACUAAAACAUAACAAUGCAUAUUUUAUCCUGCACAUAAUUAUGGCAGCCAAUUAAAAUGUGUAACAAGUGUCAUCAGUUAUUCACCUGAAGCAUCACACAUUUCAUAGUGUGAUUUUUGUUGAGUUUUUCCUUUAAAGAAGCACAUUUUAUCCCAUCUCGUCUUUUAUCCUAAUAUUACUUCAUUUUUUUUUGAAAAACCAUGAAGCGUUUGAUGAAUUAUUUUGCUGUAAACAGUGUGAAUGUGAAUUCAGUUGUUUAUUUUUUUGAUUUUGUAAAUAUAUAGGAUAUUUUCUACGAGAAGAGGUCUGAAUAUUUAUUUGGUCUGACGUUGAGCAUGUGAUAGUGAUCAAGGUCAAACUCUGUCUGUACAUAUUGUAUUUGUCUAAAUGUGUAAGAAAGUAAUAUAUAUGGAUUGGUUCAAAAUCAUGUGUUCGAUCAACCCAUUUUCAAUAUGUUUGACAAAAUCAACAACAUCUCUCAGAAUGAAAAAAAUUAAAAAUCCCCCUAAAAAAGACAACGUCAAGAUUUUCUGUCAAACUGAAUGGUUGUCAAAGAGUUUCUAUGUUUUUACAUAGAUGUUGCAUGUUUUGUUAGAUGUUUGUUGAUAUAUUUUGCCUCCGGAUUCAGUUUAAAAAGAGAGAAAAACUGAACACAUCAUCUCAAGUUGUAUGCGGACUGUAAAAAUGCUUGUAAAAUGAGUCUUGUUUUUCACUUCGUGUUAAAAAAAAAAAGUAGAAAAAAAUCUAAUGUUAUGGUUUUGUGGUUGUCCACAGGAUGUCAUGAAAUUAUGCAAAUUGUGCAGUAGAGAGAAAAAAAAUAUAUGAAAUUUAUGAAAUAAAUAAAAGUU